UCUCUUUCUAUUUCUAAUUGAAGAAGGGGUUCCAUCCUAUAUAGUGAAGCGAUACCCCAUAUUCCUACAAAAGAGAAUUCUUUCAAUACUCAAUACUUAUUAGUAAGUAGUAAGUAUUAGUACUCACUCGUGAUUAAUUAAUAAUCCUAGUGAUUAAAUCUAUAUGUUUAUUCCGACAGGAAAUGAAAUAUUUCAAUUCUUUUUCAUCGAAUGACUAUUCAUCUAUUAUAUUUUCAUUCAAAUAGGGGGGCAGGAAGGCUCUAUGGAAAAAUGGUGGUUCAAUUCGAUAUUGUCUAACAAGGAGUUAGAACACAGAUGUGGGCUAAGUAAAUCAAUGGACAGGCUUGGUGCUAUUGGAAAUACCAGCGGAAGUGAAGACCCCGUUCUAAAUGAUAUAGAUAAAAACAUUCAUAGUUGGAGUGAUAAUGACAGUUCUAGUUGCAGUAAUGUUGAUCAUUUAUUCGAUGUCAGGGAUAUUUGGAGUUUUAUCUCCGAUGACACUUUUUUAGUUCGGGAUAGUAAUGGGAACAGUUAUUCUAUAUAUUUGGAUAUUGAAAAUGAGAUUUUUGAGAUUGACAAUGAUCGUUCUUUUCUGAGUGAACUAGAAAGUUCUUUUUCUAGUUAUCGGAAUUCUAAUUAUCUGAAUAAUAGGUCUAAGAGUGACAGUAACAAUCAAUACUACGAUCAUUACACCUAUGAUACUAAAUAUAGUUGGAAUAAUCACAUUAAUAGUUGCAUUGAAAAUUAUCUUCGUUCUGAAAUCAGUAUUGAUAGUUAUAGCUCCAUUUCAAGUGGUAGCGACAAUUACAGUGACAGUUACAUUUAUAGUUAUAUUUGUAGUGAAAGUGGAAUAAAUAGUGAAAGUGGGAGUUAUAGUAAAAGAACUAGCACUAGCACGAAUGGCAGUGAUUUCAAUAUAAAUAUAAGAGAAGGAUAUGAUGAUCUCGAUAUAAAUCAAAAAUACAGGCAUUUGUGGGUUCAAUGUGAAAAUUGUUAUGGAUUAAAUUAUAAGAAAUUUUUUAAGGCAAAAAUGAAUAUUUGUGAACAAUGUGGAUAUCAUUUGAAAAUGAGUAGUUCAGAUAGAAUCGAACUUUCGAUUGAUCCGGGUACUUGGGAUCCUAUGGAUGAAGACAUGGUCUCUAUGGACCCCAUUGAUUUUCAUUCAGAGGAGGAGCCUUAUAAAGAGCGUAUCGAUUCUUAUCAACGAAAGACGGGGUUAACUGAGGCUGUUCAAACAGGCAUAGGUCAACUAAAUGGUAUUCCCAUAGCAAUUGGGGUUAUGGAUUUUCAGUUCAUGGGGGGUAGUAUGGGAUCCGUAGUAGGCGAGAAAAUCACCCGUUUGAUCGAGUAUGCUACUAAUAGAUCUCUACCUCUUAUUAUAGUGUGUGCUUCCGGAGGAGCACGCAUGCAAGAAGGGAGUUUGAGCUUGAUGCAAAUGGCUAAAAUAUCUUCUGCUUUAUAUAAUUAUCAAUCAAAUAAAAAGUUAUUCUAUGUAUCAAUCCUUACAUCUCCCACAACCGGUGGGGUGACAGCUAGUUUUGGUAUGUUAGGAGAUAUUAUUAUUGCCGAACCCAAUGCCUACAUUGCAUUUGCGGGUAAAAGAGUAAUUGAACAAACAUUGAAUAAGACAGUACCUGAUGGUUCACAAGCGGCUGAGUAUUUAUUCCAUAAGGGCUUAUUCGAUCCAAUCGUACCACGUAAUCUUUUAAAAGGCGUUCUGAGUGAGUUAUUUCAGCUCCACGGUUUCUUUCCCUUGAGUCAAACUUCAAUCAAUCAAGUAGAGCAUUAAGUUCAGUUAUUUUUUUGUGGCGAACAAUUAUUUAGUUUAUCGGAAUCAUAAAGUCAUAAGAAGAAUAGGACUUUCUUUGGUGACAAAAAAUCUAAUUGUAGGAAUAAGUUUCGGAUAAUUCCUUUUUCUUACAGAUCCAUUUUUUUUUACCUAUAUUCAUGAUUAGUAAUCGGGAACCUUCUAUCAACAGGAUAAAAGAGUGAAUCUUUCCUUACGCCAAAUUAGGAAAAUAAAAGAAUUUCACGCUCCCUUCUUACGUAUUUCUUACGUAUAUAUAUAUACAAUACAAAGAUAGUAAUACAAAAAUAGAAAAUAUAGAAUAAAUAUAGGAUAAAGAAGGAUAUAGAAUAGGAAUAUAUAGAACGGAAGUCUUGCAUAUUUCUAUAUCUCCCAAGAACCCUCAUUUUGACUUUAUUAAGAAUCCCUGUUGGAUCGGAUUGUAACGAAUCCUUCAGGAAUUCGUAAGAAGCUCUUUCUUUAUUCUUUAUUAGAAGAUAAGGACAAGAAAACAAGAAUAGGAUUAUCCUACAUAUAUUUCAUGUAGAAGGGCGAAUAGAUACAUUUAUUUAGUUCUACAUUCCUUGCACUUAUUAUAUACUUAGAAUUUUUAAUUAUAGGUUUCGGUUUAUAAGUUAUAAGAUAUCUUUACAAUUUUUAUAAUAAUAAUAGGUACAAAUAUUAAAUAAUUUAAUCAAGGUAUUCAUUCUAUGACAACUUUCAACUUACCCUCUAUUUUUGUGCCUUUAGUAGGCCUAGUAUUUCCAGCAAUUGCAAUGGCUUCUUUAUCUCUUCAUGUUCAAAAAAACAA